GAUCGACUAUAUCCUUUGUCUGUUGUGUAUUUUGAAUGUGACGAAAGAGUAAGAAUUAUAACGUCUCUAAAAUAUUUUUAAUUUUUCUGACUUUAAUCAGGAAAUUUGCGAAACAUGUUUCGAUUUUUCGUGACGAUCGUAAUACUUUCCGUGCUAAUCAACGCGGAAUUGCAAAGAAUUCCGUUGUACAAAAUAAACUCUACGAUCAUCGAUCAUCGAUCAUCACAGGAUCGUUUAGCUAAAAGGAUUGGCGUUAUAAAGUUACCCUUGCAUUAUGAUGGAAAUGAUGCAUACUAUGGCACUAUCACAAUUGGAACUCCACCACAAAAGUUUAAUGUACUUAUUGACAUUACUUUCCCAGAUUUAUGGAUACCAUCGAAACUUUGCAGAUCUAAUCUUUGUUCGUUACGUAAUAGAUACGAUUACACUAAAUCCAGCACACACUCAUCAAGUUAUGAAUAUUUCAGUUUUGUAUAUGAUAAUAAGGAUAGGCUGAUAGGAUUCUUAUCUACUGAUGUAAUAAAUAUUGCUGGAACUAAUGUUCCAAAUCAGACAUUCGGAGAAAUACAUGUAGUCGGAAUGAACCGAUUCUUCAACAAUUUGAUAUUCGAUGGUAUCUUAGGAAUGGGUUUCUCCUCAAUGUACAAGUAUCCCAACAUGUCUCUUAUUUUCACCAAUAUGGUUGAAUUAGACCUGUUGUCACGACCUGUUUUUAGUUUAUAUUUAAAUCGGUAUCCCUCGAAAUCUGGAAAAUGGAAUAAUACACUGAUAUUAGGUGGCUCCGAUAAAAGGUUUUACCAAGGCAAAUUAACGUACGUUGAUGUCAUCCGUGAAACAGUCUGGAAAUUUACUAUAGAUCAAAUUGAAAUAGAAGAUACAGUUUUAUGCAUGAAUGGCUGUCAAGCUAUUUUCGACACGCUCACGCUCAGGAUAACUGGACCAUCAUCAGAUGUCGCAAAUAUUAAUAGACUAAUCGGAGCUACUUAUACUAAGGAAGAAAUGAUUGUGGACUGCGACAAUAUUUCUGAUUUGCCCUACGUCUAUUUCUACCUAGGUGGUGAAUUAUUCGAACUCACUGGUGAAGAUUAUAUUAUUAAGCUCGAACAAAUUAAUAAGAAAACAAAGUGUAUAAGCGCUUUUAAGAGUGCGAAUAAAGAUAUGGAAACGAUGUGGAUUUUGGGCAAUGUAUUUCUUCGUCGUUACUAUGUCAAGUUCGACAUGAAAAAUGACCGAGUGGGACUUGCCCCUGCAAAAUAAAUAUUACUUUCUCAAAAGGUUACUGUUAAAAGUUGGAUCUAAAUGACAAUUCUAAGCGUACAAUUGUAUCAAAUUUUUUUAAAAUGUUGAUUCUAGAUUCUUAUUCUUAUUGCUUUGUAAUUUUCAUUUGCGAUUAUCUAAGUAAUAUGUUCUUAGAUAAAUACAUAUGUCAUAUUUUAAAAAUUCAGAACGAAGAUGUACGACAUUAUUUUUACCUGCCUGCACGAGUAAAGGAAUAUCUGCGUUAAAUAUAUUACGCUGCUCACCAAAAGUUUACGCGCCAAAAGUCACAUGACAACCGUCUCACCGUCGAAAUAUUAAUGUAUAUUACGAAAUA